AUGGCCAAAAAGGCCCGUCAGAGAAUCAGUUACGUUCUCGAGAACGCCAAAUCUUCUGCUGGCGGCCACCGUCUCGGCGUCAACGGUCUGGCCGUCGACGCUAGCAACGGCAUCCUCUACUCUGGCGGACGCGACGGCAUCCUAUGCGCAUGGGACCUCGACCUCGAUUCUCAUGGCGCUGGCGGCCGUGAUGCCCCGCGCAGGCCGACGACGAGGCUGCGCGCCCAGACCCAGGCGCACAUGCAUUGGAUCAACGACAUCGCCCUGGCACAGAACAAUACCGCCUUGGUUUCGGCUUCCUCAGAUCUCGCAGUCAAGCUAUGGCGGCCGUACUCCGAGGAGGACAGGACCCGCGCCCACACCAUCGGCGAGCACGCCGACUACGUCAAAUGCGUCGCCACGCCCCCGGCUGACAUUAACGCCAACUGGGUUGCUUCGGGCGGUCUCGAUCGCAAAAUCCGCCUCUGGGACCUCGACGGUGCCGGCAAGACGCUCGAGGUCGACAUCAAGGGCGAGGAGGUGACGGAAAAGGGCUCCGUCUAUGCCCUCGCCGUCGGCCGCAGCAUCCUGGCCAGUGGUGGGCCGGACAAGAUGGUGCGAUUAUACGAUCCCCGAACCGGCUCCAAGGUCUCCAAGCUGGUCGGCCACCUCGACAAUAUCCGGUCCAUUCUCAUCGAUGACGCCGGCGACAUCAUCCUGAGCGCCGGCGCCGAUAAGACUAUCAAGAUGUGGAGUGUCCGGGGCGGGCGUUGCAUGUAUACAUUCACCAUGCACGACGAGAGUAUCUGGUCUCUCUAUUCCGAUGACCCCCGGCUGGGCAUCUUUUACAGCAGCGACCGCUCCGGCCUGGUUGCUAAGACGGAUGUCCGGAGCAGUCUGGAGGACAUGGACGACGGUCUUAGUCUUGCUGUUGUACAGGAGAACUUUGGCGUCUCCAAGGUCGUAGCCGCCGCCGGCCACAUUUGGACGGCCACGAAUCGCUCAUCCAUUAACCGCUGGGGAGACAUAGACACAAGCGGCAACAUCAAGCUCCCUCAGGACCUUCGACACGAGCGAGCCUCUGCCACGGCGUCCAACGGGCUCGUACCGCCCUAUCGGCCAGAAACUGACGUCAUGGAUAAGAGGGAGAUCACCCCUGAGUCGGUUCUCCGUCUAUCCAGCACAGCUGUCUUCUCGUCACGAAGCAAUCGGGACCCAGACUCGGUCACGAUUAUCAGACCUAUUCAUCAGGUGCCCGAGGAAACCAUUGAGGGUCAAUUUGGCCUGCUGAAACACAAGAUGCUCAACGAUAGGAGAAGGGUUUUGACUCUUGACACGGCAGGUGACGUGUUGCUUUGGGAUCUGAUUGCGUGCAAACCCAUACAGAGCUUUGGCAAGCAGCAUCUCGAAGACGUUGACAAGGCCGUCAACACCCGGGAGGCCGUAGCUCCCUGGUGCUCGGUCGAUUUGAGCUCGGGCAACCUCACAGUGGUGCUGGAGCCUUUUAAUUGCUUCGAUGCCGAAGUAUACGCGGAUGAGCUGAAGUGGGAGGAGCCACUAGAAUUCAAGGAGGACCAGAGAAUCAUUCUCGGGCGAUGGAUUCUACGGUACCUGUUUGCGAACCUCAUCAGUGAGGAAAUCAAGCGUGAUGAGCUAUACCGCCAGAAACUGAACGACGAAGCGGAGAGAAGGCAUGCCGCCAGCCGACCCAGCGCCCCAAUAUCAAUCGACCUCCCCCAACCCAGUACGCCGAGCUGGCAGGUAUCAGCACAAGACGCGACGCCUCGGCCCAACGCUCCCCAGCUUCCUGUCCCCACCCCCGGCCUCGCUAUCGGGCUCGCAACUCCCGGGCUCCCGGGAAGCCUCCCCAGUGCUCGCCAGGAUGGCGUGUCCGGUUCCUGGGAUCGGGGUCUCCCUGGGGAAAGGGAAGAUUACUUCGCCGCCGAUAGAACGGCCAGAGCGCCUGCCACGCCCGCAACAGACACCUCGGAGACCAGGGUCUCACACGAAAACGGCGCCGAGAAAGGUAAGGAGAGGGACAGGGAUAAAGGGCCUGAUAAGGGGUCUGACAACGGCAAGUCUCCCGGCACCCCCUUUGGUAGGAAGUUCAGGAUGUCAUUUAGCUCCAAGAAGCUUCGGUCCUUGUCCCAAGCAACCCAGGAGAAGCCGGCGGUCGCAAAGGACGGCACCGAAGAGUCCGAGUCGUCUUCUACACACGAGAAGGAAGUCGACGACAGCUUCUUUGGCGUCCUACAGAAGAUACGCCAGGAAUACGACAAGCAGCUGGCCGAAUCACCGGAAAAGCCACUAGAGACUCAAAUCAGACCGAGUCUGCCCACCGAAACGCCUGUUCUGAAGCUUCCGGCAGGCACAAGAGUCAUUAUCCAGGAAGAGACGUCUGGCGGCAGUGCCAACAUCUACCAGGGCACGGUGGAGGACAUUGGCCGGGACGUGGACAUUAUCGAGCAAAAGGCGCCAAUGUGGCUUGGAGACGUGCUCCUUCGAAACUACAUCUCGCACAAAGAACCCAUCAAGGUUUCGUUCAUCCUACAUCCCAUGAGCAAUCUGCCACCAAUCUCACCCGCCGAUGGAACCAAUCGGCUCAACGCCAACAGGAUGUUGCGGGUCAAGAAGAUCCUCGCAUACGUGGCCGAGAGACUCGACGAGUUGCUGGAAGACCAGCCGGAUGGGCUGAAGCCCGAGGAUUAUCUUGAGCUUUACUGCAACGACCAGUUGUUGGGCCAUACCAUGAGCCUGGCCACCAUCCGAGCCCACAUUUGGAAAGGUGGCAGCGACGUCGUCAUGUACUAUAAAGCCACGGGUCGCAGGAACCUCAAACCCCGUGGGCAGCCGUCCCCGACUAUGCUGCUCGCGGAAGAAGGCGGAGCCGCCGCCCAACCAACCGCAACGGCGGCAGCGGUCUCCGAGGCCGGUACUGCUGCGCAGGCAUCCUGA